CACAGUGAUGGGCGGGGCUAGUUGCGUCGCUGUGUGGGAAGGGAAGGUUCGUGCAGCAGGCAACCGGAGGAGAGCCAGAGAGUGGAGUUGUGGGGAAGCAGCGGCCGGCACAGAAAUCCUUUUGUGGCCUCCUCAGUCCCUGUGUCCUUUGGUUUUCAGUCUUGGAAAAGUUAUAUUGUGGAUUAGACGUGGGUGGGAGCCUGAGACUACUUUUCCAAUUGAAGAAUCCGUAAGAUGUAUCUGAGAUGAUCUGGCUUCUCUCCUGAUAUGCAUGCGAGCAUUGGUGUUUUCUAAUGUGUGCACAUUCUACUCUCUGUAAACUUACACCAACAAGGACCCAAUAAUGGUUCUGCACUGUGGUUUAACAAAGAACUGUGAUACCUCUUUGCUCUAUGUGGAUAUUUAUGUUUGUAUUGGAGCAUGACAAGCUACAGAUCCUAUCAAAAUGACGGAGUGGAUGCUAGUGGAACGUCCAUGAGAGCAAAUGAUGUUGUCCGGGGAGUGGAAUAUUAUCCACAGGGACUUUGGGGGCAGAACAGCAUGCAACUUGCCGAUGGAUCGAGAUUCAGUGCGAUCACCCCAGCAAUGCCAAAAAUGGGGGUUCGCGCCAGGAUUGCUGACUGGCCUCCAAAAAAGGAGACUCUGAAAGAAACAAUGACUUCCAGCCCAUCCAGGGAAAUGACAGGGUCAAAAGAUUUCCACAUGCAAAGGAGCUUUGUAAAUGGACAACAUUUUCAAAGCAAUGGGGGUUCCCCAGGAUUUAGGGGUUUUCACCGGAUGUCAAGGAUGAGGUCAAAAGAUGUGGAGUUCCAAGAUGGUUGGCCGCGAUCACCUGGCAGGAUGUUUGUCACUCUUCGGAACAGAAGCAAUAGUGAGACAACGCUCAGUGAGUGUGAUGUGGAUGUAGCUCUGGAACCCAGAGGGUCAAAACUGAGCAAUGGAAUGCCGCUUUUUAGAGAGUAUGGCAGCACUUCUUCUAUUAAUGUGCAAGGUGUUUCGGAACAGAGCUUAUAUGACAUGCUGAAAGACUUCAGAAAUGAGAAGCAUGAUAAAGGAAGCGAGUCUCCUGGCAGAGGAAGCGGUCUUCUCCACGAGGACUCCAGCGUCUCUUCUAACCUCCACUUAGCAGGAGGCUCCAGAACAGAUCUCCGUAAUGGGCAAUUUCAUAGAGAUGACGGUACACUAAAGGAUAAGCAGCGAAAACAGACCAAGGGUGAGUCCAAUGACUCCUCCAUCUUUCGCAAAUUGAGAAGCAACAAGAGUGAGAAUGAGCCAGGGAAGUCCUUUGUGGAGCAGGAUGAAAGUCUUAAACCCUGGCUCUGCCCAAAGACUUUUGCCCAUUUUGAUGUGCAGAGCAUGCUCUUCGAUCUCAAUGAAGUUGCAGCCAACCGAAACUAUGUUGCUCAAAGACGGAACACUACAACAGGAGCCUCUGCUGCAUCGGCAGUUUCUUUAGCAGUGUCUAAAGCCUAUGGUCUUGGCAGCAUGGACCCCAGUUUUACCAGCACAGAAGACCUGAACUUUAAGGAGAACCUAGAGCAUGACUUGGGCGACAAUAACAGUAAUGACCUUCUUCUGAGUUGUCCGCAUUUCCGUAAUGAGACAGGUGGGAUGUCUGAACGUAAUGUCAGUUUCUCUAAAGCAUCUGCUGGUUCUUCAAGUGGGAAUGAAGGGGGGUUUCUGGAGCCAUCUCUUUCUAUGUACUGUACCAACGCCAGCAUAUCAGUCUUAGAAGUUUCCAAGGAACUGCAGAAGACCCAGGGAAGGCUAAAACACUACAGCAUUGAGCAUGUGGAUUUGGGAGCCCGAUAUUAUCAAGACUACUUUCACGGUAAAGAACACAACAACUAUUUUGGAGUGGACGAGAAAUUGGGACCUGUUGCUGUGAGCCUGAAAAGGGACAAACUGGAGGAUCAUAAGGAGCAUGGACCCCAGUACCAGUACAGGAUCAUCUUCAGGACGAGCGAGCUGGUAACGCUGCGAGGGAUGAUCCACGAGGACGCUGUGCCAUCCACGGCAAAACACGGUACAGUCAGGGGCCUGCCUCUAAAAGACAGCCUUGAGGCUGUGAUCCCAGAGCUUAAUAUUCAAUGUCUGCGUCUGGCCAUGAAUUCCUCUAAAGUCACCGAACAGCUCCUGAAGCUGGAUGAACAGGGGCUCUGCAGGAAACACAAAGUGGGGAUCCUGUACUGCAAGGCCGGACAGAGCUCUGAGGAGGAGAUGUAUAACAAUGAGAGCGCAGGGCCAGCGUUCGAGGAGUUCCUGUGCUUGCUUGGGGAGAAGGUCUGUCUCCGAGGCUUCAGCAAGUAUGCAGCCCAGCUCGACACUAAAACGGAUUCCACUGGGUCACAUUCUCUGUAUACCAACUACCAGGAUUAUGAGAUCAUGUUUCACGUUUCCACCAUGCUGCCAUAUACCCCAAACAACCGGCAACAGCUUCUGCGGAAAAGGCAUAUCGGGAACGACAUUGUGACGAUCAUCUUCCAGGAGCCGGGAGCUCUUCCCUUUACCCCUCAGAACAUCCGUUCACACUUCCAACAUGUGUUCAUUAUUGUCCGGGCACAUGACCCUUGCACUGAGAACGUCAGCUACAGGGUGGCAGUAACAAGAUCCAAAGAUGUCCCUCCCUUUGGUCCUCCAAUUCCCAAUGGUGUCAAAUUCCGUAAGUCUGAUGUAUUCCGUGACUUUCUUCUGGCUAAAGUCAUCAAUGCUGAGAAUGCAGCACACAAGUCUGAUAAGUUCCACACUAUGGCGACCCGUACAAGGCAAGAAUACCUAAAGGACCUGGCAGAGAAUUAUGUUACCAAUACUCCUAUUGAUACCACGGGUAAAUUCAAUCUAAUCUCUCUGACUUCCAAGAAAAAGGAGCGGACAAAGGCUCGGGCAGGUGCCGAAUUGCAGAGUACUGGGGCCCUUUGCUGGCGAGUGAUGGCUCAAGACUUCUCUCAAGCUGCGGAGACAGAGUGUGCAUUAGGCAUCUCAAAUGAGUUUAUGGUCCUGAUUGAGACUGCUACAAAGGAGGUGGUCUUUAACUGUUAUUGUGCUGAUGUAAUUGGGUGGACACCAGAACCAUUGUCCCUCAAGAUCUUUUAUGGCCGGGGUGAUCAUAUACUGAUACGGACGCUAGACGGUAACGGGGAAGAUAUCCGGGAGAUCGUGCAAAGGUUGAAGAUUAUGACCACGGGAUGCGAGACGGUGGACAUGACCUUGCGCCGGAAUGGACUGGGUCAGCUCGGUUUCCACGUCAAGUACGACGGCACGGUGGCAGAGGUGGAGGACUAUGGAUUUGCAUGGCAGGCUGGACUGCGUCAGGGCAGCCGACUGGUGGAAAUAUGCAAGGUGGCCGUGGUGACACUUACCCAUGACCAGAUGAUUGACCUUCUGCGCACUUCAGUCACAGUGAAGGUGGUGAUCAUACCCCCGCAUGAGGAUGGGGUACCACGAAGGGGAUGGUCCGAGUCUUAUGAACUUUGUUCUAUGGACCACAAGGACUCUGAGAUGGCCUCCUCUGCUUCCCGACCUCCCUUCCGCAGCAACGCAGCCUGGCACUGGACCAGCUCCACCACUCAACAUGGAGCCAACCCUCCUCAGAAAGGAGUCACGUCUAACUACGCACAGUCGCUCAGCCGGCCACCCAAGCAGGUUCAAGUGGUGCCUGUCCGAGAGCCUCAGCCGCUGCACAACAGCAAGAGGCCAGUAAGCUAUCCUGAGACGCCGUAUGUCGCCACAUCCCCGACAGCCUUGGACAAAGUACAGCCUUAUAGACACCCUUCAGGAAGCUUCUCUACACCAAGCUCCACUGGCACAGGAUAUAGCCGAUACAAGCCGUCUGCGGACAGGUUUGGUACUCCGCAGCGAUCUGUCCUACAGAUAGAACCUUACUGCAUACAAGAUGGGAUGUCCAGUCAGGAGAUGAUUACCUCAGACAGGCAUAAACCUGAGCCUCUGUGGCACAUACCAUCACAGUCCCGGGCGGGAGUCAGUGUGAACAAGAGACCAAACAGACAGGAGCUGACUGGCAAGAGUUCUCCUCACCGGCACUCACGGGGAGAGGUGCAGUACUCCAGUCAUUCUAGCAGUAACACCUUGUCUAGUACCGCCUCCAGCAACCAGAGCGAUGAGCGAUGGUUUGAACCCCAGGAGCAGCCAGAGAUAGACCUGGAACCCCUAACUAAGGGCACGUCAAAUGACAGUGGCAUUGACACUUCCCUGUCCAAUUUCCAGCGCUCUAAAACAACCCGACCGACUCCUCGCCGGGAGAAAAUCCAGAAACCAGUGGCGUGCUCCACCUACCCUGGAAUGCAUGACGGCUCACGGGACAAGAGGAAAGAUCAGAUGUCCUCUGGCAAAGGCUACAGACCCAAAAUGUACCCACCGGGUAACAGCUCAGGAGAAGCCUAUAAUGAGUCCAGUAGGUCCAGCAUGUUUCAAACUCCAGAGGGUUCCCGGAACCAGCAGAUGUCACAAUCAAGCUCCUUCCAGCUCUCCAGCUCUGUGCCCAAAUCAUUCUUGUCUCGUCAGAACAUGAGGAAUAAGAUCCCGGUUGGCUGGAAAAGGCCAGAGGAAGCACCGCAAAGACCAACCACAUUUACUGACCCCAAAAAACAAGUAGACCUGAACACUAAGAAUGUGUUUGGUCAGCCUAGGCUUCGGGCCUCUCUAAGAGACUUGCGAUCACCUCGCAAGAACUACAAGUCUACUAUUGAGGAUGAUCUGAAGAGACUGAUUAUUAUGGACAAUCUGGGGCCAGAGCAGGAGCAGGACUGCAUGUCCCCUCAGAAGACCAUACACAGAACGUUGUCAGACGAGAGCCUGUGUAGCGGGCGCAGGGACGCGGGAUUUGCCUGCUCUCCAGGAACGGACUCCUCUCUAAGCAGCAAUGGUUUUUUUACUAACUCUUACCCAUCCAGUACCCUCCCUGCCCGUCGUCAGCUAUCAGCUGGAAUGCCAGAGAAAUCCGCCAUUAUCUCGGCUUCUGAGCUGUCUCUUACCGAGAUCCAGGAUUCAAACUCCAGACAUACAGACCCGGGAAUGAUGCCACUACCGGAUACGGCGUCUGGCCUGGAGUGGUCCAGUCUCGUCAGUGCUGCCAAAGCAUACGAAGUGCAGAGAGCGUCCUCUCUCUUUUCUCUGAAUGAAGUGGCUUUGAGUCCUGUGCAGAGCAGUGGUACCACACACCACAGCCUGGAGAGGCAGCACACGCCGCGCAGCACCCCCACAUCAAGUGACGAUGUGCCUCCGGACCUCCCUGGGAAAGUUAUGCAGCUGGAAGUCAUGCUGAAACAACUCCACACUGAUCUACAAAAGGAGAAGCUGGACAAAGAGGUACUACAGGCGGAGGUGGCCAACCUUAGGCAUAACAACCAGCGUCUUCAGGCGGAAUCGCACUCUGCCAGCGAGCAGCUGAAGAAAUUCGCAGAGAUCAUUUCUACUACAGUGGAGAAAAAGGAUCAUUAAGAUCCCGGUUAGUUUAAGAAGGGGAUUAAACGAUAAAAAGUUUGGGGAAGCCCACAACAAUGGUACAUUUUGGGAUUUCCUCCCCCGAACUGCAAGAGAUGUGGGUUCUCCCACCCCCUUGAAAUCGUCCUGUGAUACUACAGUGCUGCAGUUUUUUUUGUUUUGUUUUUUUACCAUGGAUGACAGAUUUCAUAGUCCUUUUUUCUGCAUUGACGACUCAUUUCUUCAUGUACAUAAACAUUUUCUUUCUUUGUAGAUUUGUAUAAAUUGGAAACUUGAUAUGGGGGGUGGGGUGUUAUUUUUCCCUCAUUGUCUGCACAAACCUCCAUCAGGAAUUAUGCAAAACGGACAGACUCACAGGCAAGCCGAAUGCAAAGUAUCUAUUACAAGCUUCCUGGAACGUCGUGUGUUAUAUAUAUAUAGAUAUAUAUUUAAAUUGUAUAGGAAAAGUUAUAUAAGGGGCAAGGUCUUAGGGUGGAGAACCCUGAAGUAAUGUUAAAGUUUCAUACAAAUUUAUUUUAAUAUGACGUCAGUCUUGCUGGAAACAGGAGAUUUCAGUGUAUAUUUUGUUAAUAAGACCUGUAAAUAAGCCAUUUCUUUUGUUAAUGGGAAAACGGACAUACGCCGGCAUCAUGUUAAUUUACUAAAGAUAUCUUGAAAAAUUUGCAGAACCAAACUGCAAGCGUUUACAUAAAAUAUCUGCUACAUCUUGUACAUUUUCUGUGUAAUGUCAGCGCAAAGGAGAUUAUUUAUACUUGAAGUUUGGGGCUUGUGUUUGCCAUUGACUUUUUUUUUUAAUUCUAGGUGUGAGAUCGCGGUAAGCAUUAAAAAUUCUAUUUUUAAGUGUUGAUUAAUAUAUACAAUUUAUCUUUUCACCCAAAAUGAGCACUUUUACAUUGUGGUUCGGUUAAUAUUGACCUAUUCCCCAACACAUCAACAGUAUGUUAUUCAAUGUCAGGCCCAAAUUCUUCAUCACCAGCCACUGUUCUACAAUCAUAAAUCACAUGAACUUUUAAGCAGCCAUUUUGAAAAACUGAAGGGCUGAAAACAGCCAUUUUGAACCUUACGGUCUACACAUCCUGAGAAAAUGGAUGACGUUUGCUGCUGGACUACUCUUCAUGCUUACUGUACAACAUAAUAUACUGUUGUGGAAACGCAUGAUGUCUAUUUACCUUAUUAAAGGUUUUCAUUUUUUAAAUGAGGGCUGCCAGAGACAGAUGUAUACUGUUAUAUUUGUAUAAAUUGUUCUACAGUUUA